GUAUGUAUACGUAUGUAUGUAUGUGUGUAUAUAUAUAAUUUACUGUCGUAAAAGUAGCACUGAAGGAACAAAAAGAAACUAAUAUUUAAAGAUGAAAAUACACGUAUGUAACUGUUACACACAUAUGUACAAUAUCACGAAGUUGUAGUGCAAAGAACUGAGAUAGAAAGUGGGUCAGCCAAAAAUAAGAUGAGCCUCUAUUGAUCCCCAGAGGAGAAAUUCAGUUUUUAAUGUCUACGUGCUUAGAAAUAAAGCUUUUAUUUUGAAAAGAAUGCGCUCUGACCGGAAAUAUUUCAUGCCAGCUAUACACAAGCGCUAACUUGUCCAACGUUGCACGUCGGGCUGCCGUUUUCACAACAAAAACAGCGUAUAAAAACCGAAUAUCAGUCAGAUCCGGCCCGUAAACGCAGCUCAGUGCAUCAUGUCCAGCAUUCAGCUUCUCCGAGUGCUCGUUAACGAGCGGCUGUCUGCGGCCGCUGAGGAGAUCUUCGAGGCGGUUAAAAAAACCAUCGUUAACUACGAGGAGGAGAUCCUGCUCUCUAAACGGGAGAUCCACCGGCAGCGCAGGAUGCUGCGGACAGUUUUACAACCUGAAAUAAAAAUAAACAAACACUCAGGCCAACCACAGCUGGCUCUCUCCGUCUGGGACGAGGACUUGACCUCGGACCAGCAGCAGCAGCAGGAACACUUUGAUCAGGAGUGGAGCGCCGGUCUGAACCAGGAGGACCUGGAGCCUCCCCAAACUGAGAAGAGCCAGGAGGAGGACCCCUCCAGCAGCCAGGAAGACGAGGAGGAGGAGGAGGAGGAGAACACCAUUAGGUUCAUCUUCACUCCUCCGUAUGUGAAGAACCAGCCUCAGUCCAGUUACCACAGCGCUAAAGGAGAAGGAGAUCCUCUGCCGAGCACUUCAGCUGAGCAGGAUCAGCCCAAGGUGGAGGACGACGGCGCCGCGUCCUCCAGCUGUUCUGCAGCCGAACACGAAGACAGCGACGAGGAGUGGCAGGGCAGCACCGGAUCUCAGAGCGGCGACAGCGACAGCGGCCGCAAGUCGAAGGAGCGGAAGCAGCCUCGUCUACCGACGUCCCCGAAACUGCCCCCGACUAAAAAAGCAAAAUCGCGAAUCUGCUGUAAAGUCUGCGGGAAAGCCUUUCACGCCAACGUGUCUCUGGUGAAUCACAUGGAGGUUCACCCAAAGGACAUCUGCGGCGUGUGCGGGGAAUGUUUCGAGACCGAGGAGAGCUUUGAAGUUCACCUGAAGACGCACGUGAGAGCUGAAAUCUGCAAAGUCUGCGGCAAAUGUUUCGGAGCCUCCAGCUCUCUGGAGACGCACAUGAGGAUCCACACGGGGGAGAAGCCGUUCAACUGCAGCGAAUGUGGAAAAUCCUUCAACUGUCGCCACAACAUGAUGCGACACAUCAGGAUACACACGGGGGAAAAGCCGUAUCCUUGCACCGUCUGCGGCAAAUGCUUCAAUGACUACUCCACGUUGAAACGCCACCUGCUGGUCCACGUGCACAGGAAGAGCCACGACCCGGAUAACGCAUCGGAAAACGAAAACGGCAACGACGCCAAGACGAAGACAUCAUCGGCGAAAAAGCAGCAGACUCGGACCAUAUGCGAAGUGUGCGGGAAAACGUUUCACUCCGUGGUUUCGCUGGUGAAUCACGCCAAAAGUCACGCCACGGACCUCUGCGGCGUGUGCGGGACGCAUUUCGACUCGGAGGAAAACCUGAAACUUCACCUGAAAACUCACAAGAACGGGAAGGUCUGCGAAGUGUGCGGGAAGUGUUUCGACAGUCAGGCGAACCUGGAGAUGCACAUGAGGAUCCACACGGGGGAGAAGCCGUUUCUCUGCAGCGAGUGCGGCAAAUCCUUCAACUGCCGACACAACAUGAUGCGACACAUCAGGACCCACACGGGAGAGAAACCCUACCUGUGCAACAUCUGCGGCCGCUGCUUCAGUGACCACUCCACGCUGAAACAGCACAGCAGCACGCACACCGGAGAGAAGCCGCACCGCUGUGAGGUCUGCGGUAAAGGCUUCCACCGAAAGACAUACGUCAGGCUUCACAUGAAGAGCCACACAACUGAGAAGUGACUGCUCUGUAAAUGUGCUCGGGUGUAAAUAGGCUUAGCCGGUAUCUAUUUUUUUCAUACCUUCCUGAUAUUCCACCAGGUAUAUGACGGUAUUUGUGUAAAAAAGAAAACCGUAAAAGCUGAGCUGCUGGUGAUAGAAGACAUUGUAGCAUGUAUGGCAUUGCCUAGCCACCAAUGCUGUGUGUCUGAUAUGCAGUUAGCCUACUUUGACAAAUCUUGUUGGGUUUAAGUAUGGCCUGUAGAGUAAUGAAUAAGCAAAACUCGGAGGAGCAGCUAAAAUGACUAAAAUGAUGUCACUAAAAUAAGAAUGGUUGAUCCACCCCUUGCCCGGACCUCGCUUCUUCCCAGGGCCGUGGACUUAAUGCUGGC